AUGGGACUCCAAACGUUGAUCCUACUCCCGGCUGCAUUUAUCUUCCUUGGUGGCGUUUUCGGUAAGUCCGGUCUCUUAAUCCACUGCUUUGCAAUUCCCCUAUCUUGAAUCUUCAUCCCACAGUCCAUAGUUUAAUGUAAUGCAUCCCGUUCCAUGUUUGGCAUUGCAAAAACGCGCAUGAGGACGCCCUUUAUUGUUGCUGGAAUUUUGCUAAAGACAUUUGUGGACACAAUCUCCAAUCUCACCCCAGUUUGGUUCUAACUGGCAACGUCAUCUUUCCUGCUUUUAGCACGCACCGACGGACCAUCCGAUUAUAAAUUGUGCAAAGGUGAACAUACAGAGUGCACGACUAUAAACUUCAAGCCUGGAGAUCAGACCAAAGGCCAGCACUGCCGCACGGCCUGUUCACAGAAAAUGGGUCUGUAUAUUUACCCCAUACAUGCCUACUUCUGAAUGUCAAUGAGAUCUGUGUAUACAGCACCUAUUUUCAGAUUCCUGCUCGACGCGGCCAUAUAGUUUUGCAGUCAUCAACCUUCUUCUUGUCCUUUAGGGAUUUAAGCGAGAAAAUCACAGCCUACUACUGUGAAACUCCUGAAGAGCCCUGCACCUUGUAUGACGUCUACGGACGACCGGGGUACGGCAGGAACUUUGAAAUGCAUGUGCUCUGUGUGCAGGCGUGUCAAUUUGUCGCGAAAGGUAAACCGCCAUAUUGCCCCCCUCCCCCCUGCUAGCACUUGCGCGCUCGUCUACUCAGCAUUUCAAUCACCCGCAGCACUAACUUACACUCAGUUUAUCCGCAUCAAGGUUACCAUCCGAGGCGCAUUUACAUGAUGCUUAAGCAAUUACUUCUCACUUUUCAGUGGAACAGAGCACCGAGACGUCCUUUAAACUAUGCAGGGGUGUCGAGGAGAGAUGCAGUGCAAUUGAGAAGAAAGAUGGUACAUUCAAUGGCUUCAGAAAGUGCAUUUUCCGGUGUGAUGGCUGGGUGAAUUGUGAGUUUUCAUCGACAUUUAAAAUGCGUUCCACCAUCCUCGUUCUUGUUCAUCUAGUAAGCUGCCUCUUUUGUCCUCUGAAGUGGAAAAUACCAAGGAGAACACAGCAUACCUCUGUCCGCUGAGCGGCGAUUGCCAGAAGGGCCAUUACUUCACGAAGAGGAAAAAAGCAGGCGCAUUUGCCAGCUUGAAGACCUGUUUCGAGACUUGCAUGUCAGGUGAGGUUCCACAUGCAUUGCAUCUUGUCAUUGUAACCUAGUAGGUACUGGUUCGCGUACCCGUUCGCCUCCACUGCGGUAUAAGAUAGGGAAUUUGGACAGGCAUAUACAAUGUACUUCUCCACGUCUAACGGAGCUAGCAUGCAAGAUCAGCAUUCGUACAUUUGACAGGUAUAAUUACUUACAAGGAAUAAGUGCUGCCAAUAAGUUCGCGGCGAUAGUGUGACGUGAGUCUGCAUUAAGUGCAUGUGACUACAUCUAGGUUCUUAUCCUCUACUUGCGCUAAUACGUUUUAUGUAUGCCAGAAUUGAAGUAAUUAACUUGACAGACAAUUCAGCCGACGUUUCCACGAUGUCCAGCGUGUGUUGCAUAGGAACGGAGAUUCGCUCGUCAUUUAUUUCGCAGUGAAUGUAGGCUUGCGUAGCAUCUGUCGCACCUUCUUCUCCUCCGCCCGCACCUGGUGUCAAGACAGAGUCAUUCAUAAGCCUGUAGUUCGCAAGUAGUUUCAAGGCCUCACAUGGCGUUUGCUGAAUUCCGUGAAACAACGCGAUUCCAUUCUGUAACGUCAUCCUUUAAUGAUAAAUUAUUAACUAGGCGCACGGCAGAUCCGCACACUAUAUGAGAAUUACGUACUUGCUAAUAUAAACUGCUGUUUUUGUUUCAGAGUAA